GAGCCCCACUCCGCGCCUGGCUCAGCGCGCAUGCGCAAGCUGCCUGCCUCGCUCGGAGUCAGCUUGGGAAGUACGCACGCGCGGGAGUUUCUGGCAGAAAGCAGACGAGCCCCGGCCGGCGCGAGGCCUUGUGGGAGGGCUUAAGGAAGUAAAAUGGCGGACCUGGCGAACGAAGAAAAGCCUGCCAUUGCUCCGCCCGUCUUUGUGUUUCAGAAGGAUAAAGGACAAAAGUCCUCUGCAGAGCAAAAAGACUUGUCGGAUUCGGGAGAGGAGCCUCGGGGGGAGGCUGAGGCCCCCCACCAUGGCACGGGUCACCCCGAGUCAGCUGGUGAGCAUGCCCUAGAGCUACCUGCCCCCGCUAGCGCUUCAGCCAGCACUCCUGAAGCCCAGCUUCUUCCUUUUCCACGAGAACUGGCAGGGAGGUCAGCCGGAGGCUCCAGCCCCGAAGGUGGAGAAGAUUCCGACCGAGAAGAUGGAAAUUACUGCCCUCCUGUCAAACGAGAAAGAACGUCCUCUUUAACACAGUUCCCACCUUCACAGUCAGUAUCAAAAAACAAUGUUUUUAUGCCAUCAACCUUCUGCGAGCCAUCUGCAGGCAAUUCUGACUCAGAACCAGAGGAAAAGAGCAGUGGAUUCCGGUUGAAGCCGCCAACACUGAUCCACGGCCAGGCACCCAGUGCAGGUCUGCCAAGCCAGAAGCCCAAGGAGCAGCAGCGGAGCGUGCUUCGCCCAGCAGUGUUACAAGCUCCUCAGCCAAAGGCACUCUCACAGACCGUCCCAAGCACCGGCACCAACGGGGUCAGUGUCCCGGCAGACUGCACAGGGGCAGUGACAUUGGCCUCACCUGACAACCCCGCCCGGAGAAGUCCAUCUGAUGAGGUGCCAGCACUUGAGGAGAAAGAGUCCCAGAAAAAUGAAUCCAGCAAUACUUCUGAGGAGGAGAACUGUGAGAAGAAGGAGCAAGUUGCACAGCAGGCAUUUGUGUUUGGGCAGAACCUGAGGGACAGAGUUAAGUUAAUCAAUGAGAACACUGAAGUAGCGGACAUGGAGAAUGCCGGACACCCCAGUUCAGAAACACCAACUGCCACCAACUACUUCCUUCAGUAUAUCAGCUCCAGUUUAGAGAAUUCAACCAACAGUGCCGACGCCGCCUGCAGCAAGUUUAUAUUUGGCCAGAACAUGAGUGAACGCGUGUUGAGUCCGCCCAAACUAAACGAGGUCAGUUCUGAUGCCAACAGAGAAAACAUAGCUGCUGAGUCUGGGUCCGAGUCCUCGUCCCAAGAGGCCACCCCUGAGAAAGCUAAUAAUGUUGCAGAGUCCCUGGCCGAGUCGGCAGCCGCCUACACCAAGGCAACGGCGCGGAAGUGUUUGCUGGAGAAAGUGGAGGUGAUAACCGGAGAGGAGGCAGAGAGCAACGUGUUGCAGAUCCAGUGUAAGCUGUUUGUCUUUGACAAGACUUCACAGUCGUGGGUGGAGCGAGGCCGGGGGCUACUCAGACUCAAUGACAUGGCAUCGACCGACGACGGGACGUUACAGUCCCGACUAGUGAUGAGGACCCAGGGCAGCCUGCGGCUGAUCCUCAACACCAAGCUGUGGGCCCAGAUGCAGAUCGACAAGGCCAGUGAGAAGAGCAUCCGCAUCACAGCCAUGGACACUGAGGACCAGGGCGUGAAGGUCUUCCUGAUCUCGGCCAGCUCCAAGGACACAGGCCAGCUGUAUGCAGCCCUGCACCACCGCAUCCUGGCCCUGCGCAGCCGCGUGGAGCAGGAGCAGGAGGCCAAGACACCUGCCCCGGAGCCUGGAGCAGCUCCAUCCAACGAGGAUGACAGUGACGAUGAUGACGUCCUGGCUCCAUCGGGAGCCACUGGAAGUGGUGAGCCAGGCGCUGGUGACGAAGGGGACGGGCAGACAGCUGGGAGCACAUAGCGCCGGGAGCCAGCUGCCCACGAGCCUGCUGCUUUGUCCGUCUGUCUGCCCGCCCGCCCGCCCCUCCCGCCAGCAGCGUCGAGGCGUGGGGCUCGGGAACCACUCUCCCCGCUGGGUUGGCCACAGUCUGGAUCCGCACGUCCCGUUCAGAAGCAGACUCGGGAACUGCCUGAAUGUGGUUUGGGACACGAACCUCAUCAUAUUGAUGAGCAAAACAAAAAAGAACAUUUCUUCCUUACCCCUUGAAUUGAAAUGGCACAUUAAGACUUGUCACGGCUUCUCACUGGGACUGGGACACCUUGUUUCUUCACCCUGCCCUCCUUGUGUCGCCGGCUCUCCCCGCCACCGCCUCCUGCCUGGGCCUCCAGGUCUGUCCACACAUGUGUAAACACUGGGCCUGCUGGACCUUCUGUUAACUACUAUCUUUACCUUCCAUCUCCCACAUUCUGAUUGGGGGCUUCUAUUUUCAGAUCGUUUUUUCUUCCCUCAAGGCUUUGUUUUGGGUUUCGUCAAUGAAGGCUUUUGUGUGUUGCAGGCACAGCCCCGUUGUGGGCUGCAUCCUCCUUUUCCCUGUGGCCCUGGGCCCCUGUGCUCAGAGGGCUGCUUGGGGCCAGCCCCUACUCGUUCCCCACCCAGGGUUCCUCCAGGCCAAGUCAUGGGGGGAGGGGUUGGGCCCUGUGUAGUAAAGGGUCACUGGAUGUUGGAGGGCCCCAUCCUCCUGUCUGUCCCCAUAACAUGGGUCACCCAUCAUCAGGCACCCAGGUGCACACUGCUUCCUGCUGUUGGCCAUUCCUUCUUUGCCCCACCCAGGACGUCUCUGCCCCCAAGAUCAUCCAGGGCCGGGGGCCUCUGUGUGUGGCAGAAGGGGACACUAGCAGGGCCUUCAAGAAGGGGCCAGGGGCCGGUUCCAGACAGUGGGCAGAACCCGUGCUCAAGGUACACACAUUAGCAGACACCCUCUGCCCACCCCCACCCUGGAGCAUGGCCAGGAGCCAGCUGGGCACCGCCCAUCUGGGAGGCCCACAAAAAAGCUCUGUGCAUAGGGCUCUGCGAACUUUCAGAGGAAGCCACCCAACCCCUCCUCAGAGGGUGAGGAGAAGGCGUCUCUGCAGCUGUGUCGUCUAUCCCUCGGGUUUGCCGUGUGCAGCCCAACCCCGAGCCUGAGCCAUGGGAAGACACCAAAGGCCCUCCCAGCAGAUCCGGUCACACCUCUCUGCUUUAAGCCUUAGCCAACUAGUGACAAGUAAAACCAGAUAAUGCCCAUGUGUUUUGGAACAUUUAUGUAAGAUUGUCAUAUGAAAUGUAUUUGGGAACUACAUUAAAACUUUUAACUAAAA